CCGAUCCCUCACCCCUAUCCCAUAAUUGAUCUAUCCUUUCCAGAUUUCAGUGGUGCGCCUCAUCGACGAUGGGAGUGGUGCUAAUCGACGGAUCAACGGUGCGAGCCUUCGUCAGUGACGAAGAACAAUUCAACAAGAGCGUGGAGGAGAGCUUUGCAGCUCUGGACGUCAACAAAGAUGGUGUCCUCUCCAGGUCAGAGAUGCGCAAGGCCUUCGAAUCCCUACGCCUCAUAGAGACCCACUUCGGAGUGGACGUAGCCACGCCUCCCGACCAGCUCACUCAGCUCUACAAUUCCAUUUUUGACAGCUUCGAUGGCGACCACAGUGGGACCAUUGAUCUCCAAGAGUUCAGAUCCGAGAUGAAGAAGAUCAUGCUUGCUAUAGCAGACGGCCUGGGAUCCAACCCUAUCCAGAUGGCUCUCGAGGAUGACGACCAGAGUUUUCUCAAGAAGGCUGCUGAUCUUGAGGCUGCCAAGCUUAACAAUCCCCAUGGCAAGGCCCACGACCAGGACCAGGCUUCUUGAUGUUAAUUACUUUCUAUUAUAUUUGCUGUGUCAAUUGUUAUCAUUCCUGCCGCUUGAAUUAAUAAACUUCUUCCAUCCUAUGCUUUUGAGUGCUUAACCAUUCCCUCUUUUUAUGGAUCUACCUAAUACCAUUAUGAAUGGCGAAUAUCAUUUACUAACCCCCAAACUUACCCAACUACAUUUCAAAAAUAUAUCAUAUGAGAACAAACUACAUUUUAAGAAGCAACGCAAAUUGCUUGGCACCCCCAUUUGAUGCCCAUUCCGCAUAAUACAAGAAACCGAAAAACAUUACCAGCAAAAAUACAGGCUUAUUAAAGCAACUUCUAUUGUUACAUCACAUGCAAAAUAAUGCAAACUCUAGCCC